CUCAAAGCAAUAAUAAUAUGUCUAAUACACUUCGCCCAUACCUUACAGCUGUUCGUUCAACUUUGACUGCUGCUUUAUGUUUAGAAAACUUCUCUUCUCAAGUUGCUGAAAGACACAACGCUCCUGAAGUAGAAUCAGGCAAGUCUAAAGAACUCUUGAUGAAUCCUUUAAUCAUCAGUCGUAAUGAAAACGAGAAAGUGUUGAUUGAAUCAUCUGUCAACUCUGUUCGUGUCAGUAUUAAGAUUAAGCAAGCAGACGACCUUGAACGUAUUCUGUGUCACAAGUUUGCUCGUUUCUUAAUGAUGAGAGCCGAAAGCUUUGUUAUUUUACGUAGAAAGCCUGUUGAUGGCUAUGAUAUCUCUUUCUUAAUCACAAACAACAACACUGAGCAAAUGUACAAACACAAGUUGGUUGAUUUCAUUGUCCACUUUAUGGAAGAAGUCGACAAGGAAAUCUCUGAAAUGAAAUUGAGUGUUAACACUCGUGCUAGAACUGUUGCAGAAAGCUACUUGGUUCAGUUUGCUUAAUUACAGAAUAUUCAUAUGAAUAAAAAAAAGGAGGGUAUCAAAAUGACAACUCUUUUACAUUAAUUCUAUGCGUUUGGAAGCGCAGAAAAGAUUGUGCACUGAUGUAAAUGUUGUCAACUGGUAAUAUAUCGUUAAUAAAUAAACUUUUUUUUUCUUUGCUUUAGACAACC